UUUCCAAUUUUGAGCUUUAGUAUAGGCCCAUAUUUAUGCCUUAUUAGGGAGAUUAAAGACUGAAAUCUUGCAAGAUUUAUGGUAAGGAAUUGACAUAAUUGUAAAAAUACCCAUGGUUGACCAAUUUGGGAUUUUCCUGUGAAAAUUAUGCACAUGUAAAUGCACGAUAACUGAUUUUGUCAGUCAUCUUAUAUCCUCUUCUAAACUGGGUCUGCAUUUAAAAGACUAUAUGGAAAUAUGAUGAUAAGUCUUGGUGUGUGUAGUAUUCCAGUAUGAGUCAGUUGUGUAUAGCUAGCUAGAAUGCAAACUUAAAUAGGGAGUACUCCUAGUAAAGCUAGGGUGAGUGUGUGUGUAUUGCUGUGCAAUGAAAAAUGGCAACCCCCAUUGAGCAUUAUUGCAAUGAGACUCACAGACAUGGGAAGUCUACUACAUUCAUAACCCCCAUACUACACACUCCUCACACACACACAUUCAAUGAGAGAGAUAGAAAGAGGGUGGCCUGGAUACAGGAAUAGCAUAGUGAUUGCUAAGCUCUGAAAGAAUGGAGAGCGAGAGAACUCCGUGGAUUGUAAUGCCCACUCUAAUGUAAUAUACCGCACCGUCGUCCGUAGCAAAGCAAAAGACUGGCGGAAAAUCCGGAGAGUGGAACUAUUUAUGGCCGAUCGGAUGAUCUCAGAGUGAAAGGAAUAUAAGUUUUGAUGCUUUUCCACAAGUAAUGAGAGCAAGAGGAAGUUUCUAUUCUGAGACAAGAUGAGACUAUAGAUACGCAUCAACAAGAUGUCAUCUCAAAUCCAUCCCAGAGUACCAAAGAAGACAAGAGACACCCGGGCAGACGGCAUCAUGGAAAGAACAAAUCGAAGUACAAGAGUGCCAUGAAAGUAAAGAUCACAGACAGGGUACGCCAAAUGAGAGAGGCCAAAGCCCAGAAAGACAAGCGGAACAAGCUCACGCCCGAAACCCUUGGUCCCUUGCAGGUUCAAGAACUCGUUCUGAAACAAGAAUUCAAGGACAUUGGAGAAAACCUUGGUGGGAACAUUGUGAAAGAACCGGUUCCAGAUGUGGUUUACAAGGACAAGUAUGACAUCAUAAAGGAGCGAAGGGCGCGUAUGUCAAAGGCCAUACAAGAUCAAUGUUCAGUUUCACCUAGCAAAGCUGCCAAAGAGAGUGUGACGACUAGCCCGAAGAAGCGCCAGAGGCACUCUUCUUCAGGGAGUCAGAAGUCGGACACCAAUGUAUCAGUACUGCGCAACUCGGACAGCGGAGAGGAGGGUGCCUUGAAGCAGCAGGCUCUAGAAGCCCUGCUGGAGAUUACCGGGAAAGAAUUUACGAGCAUGAACAGUUUUGGCACGGAGCAGCAUCAACAAAAUGUUUCCACAUCUAAGGAGCCCGUCAUAACCCCCCAUACCCCGCCAGCGGUAGCAAAGCAGGAUAAUGAAUUGUUGAAGAGCAAUCUUGCUGUAUCGCAUUUGAUGCAGUUUGCAAACAAUGCGCAGAUGGUUCAGGCUGAUCGUAUAAGGAUUCAUCAAAAGAAACAUAUAAAUCAAAGCAAAGAGGCUGACUUUGGACACUUUAAACUUGUGCCUCAUCGAAAGGAAAGAGGAGAUUCAGAGAGUCACCCGAGUCCGAAGGAAGGAAAGCAUAUGUGCGAUUAUUGUGGCCGCAGAUGCUCUAAACCUAGUGUUCUGAAGAAGCAUAUCCGGUCCCACACCGGGGAACGCCCCUAUCCCUGCACACCUUGUGGAAUCUCAUUCAAGACCAAAAGCAACCUCUAUAAACAUUGCAAAUCUCAUGCACAUGCAGCUAAAGCAGGCUCUUCAGGGGUGAGUCCAGAUUUGAAGCCAUUUGACUCUGAUCACGAGAGCGGGUCAGAAGAGACAGAUACAGACGAAGAGGGGAAGGAUAUUGGAAAAGAACAACACGAAAAUCUUGCGGAGAAUCGUGCGCAGAGUACCUCAUUAACAGCUGAUCAAGAGAAAAGCAUGAACAUGACAAGUGUUCAAGCCCUUAUGAAUGGAGGCCGGACCUCAGUACCAGAUAGCCAUCCUCCUUUUGUACCAUCAAGUAAGGCCCAGGCUUCCCCUAUUGCCAGUCAAACUGGGAAUAGAAUGUGGGAGACCAUAUCCAAUUCACCUCAUCUUGGAAACCGUAGCUCUCGGGACCUUCACAUGCUGUCGCAACUUUCAACAGACAUUUUGAAUGGCACAAGGGAAAGGCAACCAAAAGAUAGUUUGCAAGGGUCUUAUCUGAGGGACUAUGAAUCUAAUAUGUCAAGGCCUAAAAACCAGCUGAAUGAUGAAAAUCCAUCGUCCAGGCCUUCUGAAACUUCUACAAGUCAGGAAAGAUCAGAGGCACCAUCACCUAAAUCAGAGAGCAACUCAACAGAUCAAAUAAUGAUCCCACUGAAGAACUUCAACAUUGUAAGAUCAGGGGGUCAUUACCACUUUCAAAUCCCAGUGGAAGGAAUUCCGGGUUUGUCAGAAGAAGUAAUUAAAGAGCAGUCUAGGUUUGUGCAGGAAAGCAAGGAUUCAGAAAAAGAAAGAGGAGAAAAAUCACGACCAACACUAAACUCUCCCUCCACUCAAAUCAAGUUGCAGCAGCAUAUUCAAAAACUCAUCUCCCAAAAUGAGGCUAUAGUAGAUGAUUCUGAUUUGGAAUCUGUGAAACCAAGAAGACCUAGUUUUUCUUAUCGGGAAAGCAUGACAAGCACCCCACCCCAGCUACCUGCCAGCGGCGCAUUAGAUGUGCGUAAUGACUCAAAGACUGUAGCAGAGAGUAGUAUCACCAUGGAAACAAAGAGAAGGUCAGAGUUGGCUGAGCAAACUAAUUUAGACAGCAAGCAGGAAGUUAGAGGAAAUCAAGAUAGACAGCGGGAAGCACAGACCCUUAUGAGCAGCCAGUACAGCGCACAUCUGCACACGGGUCAGUCGAGGCACGGGCUCACUUACAAGGCAGCGGAAGCAGGCAUCAAUACAGGCCAUAAGCUGCCAACUUCCUCGCCAGUUACUCUUCAGCAGGCAGUGCCAGGGGAUGGUAAUAUAAUUAGGAAUAUACUGCUUGAGCACAAACGUACUCAGCAAGCGACACCUGCUAGCAUGCUAGGCCAGAGUUUGCCCAUGGAUCGUCAACAGUACUCACCCCUUUGGUCUCCAGCCCAGAUGCAUCUUGCACCAUGGAUGCUGAAAGAUGCUUUACCAGGUGGCAUGAGAUAUCCAAUGCCAAUCAUGUAUCCCCAUGCAGCCAUGAUGCAGCACUUACCUACUGAACAUUUACCUGCAACAUCUCAAAGUCACCAAUUUAUAAAGGAGAGUGGAAAAAGUAAACAUCAUCACACUGAAUCUGGAAAGUCUGCUCACAAACGUAAGAAGUGCAAAUCGGAGAGUGAUGCUUCUGGGUCUCAUGAAUCGCAUCACUCAAGGAAAAAGGCACGGAAGCACCAUGAGCAUCCAACCAUUAAAGAAGAAGUUACAAAAGGUUUGCCCCUUUUUAAUGCUGCACCCAGUCAUUCCAUGCUGCCAAUGUUUUCUCCACCAUUUCCUGGUCCGGAUGCGAACCAAGCUGCUUCCCAACUACCAUGGAUUCAUGCUUCUUUACCGAAGGGUACCUCAACCCCCCUUCGGUCUCCCUAUUCACCAAAACCUGCGGCAAAGUCUGUGGAAGCAAAUUUUCCUGGGGUAUCUGUCAUUCAACACACUCCCACAACCCCUCAUACACCUACCCAGUUCCCAUCAUUGCCAGGACAACAGAUGACUUCUUUUGUGCCAGAAAAGGGAGAUGGGAAGAGAGACUCGCCUGCUGGCCUCACACAGUGGGCAAAAGAAAUGAGGAGCUCAUAUCAAGCCCCUCCUGGAAAUAUGAGGAUUGACCUUCAACUUGCCAGCCCUUCUGUCCCUCAUUCACCUCAUCCUGAGGGUUUACUCAAGGUUGCUCCACCUCGUUCACCUCUCACACCCAAGACUUUGAGUCUCGCCAGCCCAAUGAUUCCCAGUGCACCUUCAUCAUUGCAGGACAAAAGUGACCUAGCAAAAGAAUUGCAGAAUGUGGAACAAAUGCCUGUAAAUGAAGCUCUUGCCAGGAAAAAGAAAAGCUUCACCUUGGCUCUCGACGACACCAGUGCCAGAGCUAGUCUUCAGAAACGCAGGAAUCUUCCAGCUAUUCCAGGAUUGAACAUGAGUCCUGGAAGAUCUGUUCCUACAAAGAGAACUCCUGGUGAACAAACUCAUGCCUUGGACUUGACAGCAAAAAUUCAGUCCAUGGGAUCACCCAUGUCAGCUAAAAUCCCAAGGGUUGAUAUUGCUGCCAGAUCACCUGCCUACACACCAACUGAAGGUGGUAAAAAAUUUCCAAAGUCACCUAUGAAAUUUGGAGCUGGAGCAGCCGCUAGGCAUAGGCUUAGUCUUGAUCUACAACAACCUUUAACAGCAGCAGUCAAAGGUGCUUCUACUCCUGAUGGAGUGAAACCAUCCCCAAAGAUUGAUCCAAGGGUGUUGCUUUCACCUGAAGCAUUGUCUAUUGCAGAAUCUGUUAUGAGGAUGUCCCAGUCACCACUAAAGGCUAAAACACCAAGUACACCAGUAGAUGCUGCCAGAGAACUGGGGCGGCUUGUUGCCCAUGCCUUCCAUAAUGCAGGUGGAAGCAUCAAGAGCGUUCUUACAACAUCAGAUGAAGGAAUGAUUGUUGGGCCUAUAGCUACACCUACUGCUGAAGGUAAACCACAGUCUAAAUAUUUCAUCAUGCCAUCUCCUUCUUCAUCGCAUGCUCCAAGUUUUCCGUCAAGCUCCUCACCAAGAUCAGAAAAGUCUCCUUUGACCCCAAGCGAUAACUUAAGUCCUCAAGGAAAAACACCCUCGGGAAAAAGAGAUGCUUCAUUUGAGCUUUUCAAAGAUGAGGUAUCCAAUGGACUAGAUAUCUGUGAGAAAACAGAUGAGAUAGUGCCAUCAGGCAGUUCCACCAACCUGACUGGCCAGGAGCCAUCAAAGCCAUCAUUACCUGACAUCCCUACCAAAGGAGAUAAUUCAAUUGCUGAUCAAGUUUUGAAAGUUCUCACUCCAGUUUUACAGCAAGGGAAGGCUGUUACUCCAAGUAUGCAACAAAGAAAAGCAUCUACUCCAGUUAUGCAGCAAGGCUCACGGAAAACACCCAAGAAACUUGGAAAGGACUUGGCUGAUUGGUUUAGCAGUGUCAAAGUAAAUAAGGCAGGGAGUGGACCUGCCCUGGCACCAACUUUCUUGUAUGCCAAUAUCUCAUCCAGAAUGAAAGGGGUUGCCCAGGUCACCGAUUGCACCUCAAGAUGUAGCCAACCUAUGUAUGUGAUGCAGGGAUCGAAUGUGAAAAUUUCCAUGUAUUCAAACUGGAGACCAGGUGGUAACACAAAGAAUCCUCUUGGAGUCUCUUGGAGAGAACAACUCGGGCUGUACAACUCAGGUAUGAACAAAGAAAACAUCAAAGAUGUUGUCUCCAGCAUUAGUCCAUCUGGUGGCGGUAUCCUGACUCACUCCUCGGCCUGGAAUAUGUCCCUAGAAAAGAUCAAGGCUGUCAGUGAGGAACUUCAAAAGCAAGCAAGUGGUAAACCCAUUCAGACUCCAACAGAAACUCCAGGGGAUGCAGAAACCCCAUCAUCUUCCCAUGAUAGUGAGGUCACCAUUGAGAAACAUGUAAAGGGGAAGGAGCCAAAGCGAAUACCCAUUUUUGAAGGAGGCUUCAAGUCCAAUGAAGAAUAUGUCUAUGUCAGAGGACGUGGCAGAGGGAAGUAUGUCUGCCAGGAGUGUGGAAUCAGAUGCAAGAAACCCAGUAUGCUGAAGAAACACAUCCGUACCCAUACUGAUGUGAGACCAUUUCAGUGUAGUGUAUGCAGUUUUGCAUUCAAAACAAAAGGCAAUCUCACAAAGCAUAUGAAAUCAAAAGCUCAUACAAAGAAAUGCUUGGAGAAUGGGAUUAAUCCUUCUGACUUGGAACAUGAGCAUGGCAUCGACUCAAGCGUGUAUGAGGAUGGCGAUGACCAUCAGUAUUCUGAUGCUGAUGAUAAUGAAGAUACAGACUCGGCAGAUGAGGAUUCUGAAGAGGAAGAGAUGGAUGAUGGAAUGAAUGAAGAGAUGGAGGUUGAUGAUCUACCCCAAGAACACCAAGAUGGCAGUGCUGAAGGUGAUGCAGUCUACCAUCCUGGCAAGCUCAAGAGAUCAUACAGUGAAAUUUUGAAGCCACAAGAUCUUGCAGAUGCUAAGGAUGACCUAAUGCAUGCCUCCAAGCUCACAAGGUCAGAGGUUGUUUGCAAGCUUUCCCAACAUCUCACCAAUAGACAGCGGGCCCAUGUCGGGCAAGACAGGGGUCACCCACCACUCACAAAAUCUCAGAGCCUAUCUCAGCUUCCAACUCUGAAGGCAGGUUUUGGUUACAAAAGUUCAUCCAGAAAAUCCCAGCCUCCUCCUGUACUGGACAAGUAUGGACAUAUUAUUGCUUUGGAAUCGUUUGCUCCAUCUACCAACCACUAUCGACUUGCCACUGGGAAUGCCUCAAUCACUGUCCGUUCCUCUUCAACAGAGAGUUGCUCAUCAAUGUGUGACCAUACUACUAAGGAUGGUUCUGUAGCAAAUGUUCCCGAUAGAGAUAUUAAACGGCCAGAUGAUGUUAUAGCCAGCAGAACUCUUGAAAGUGACAGAAGUGUCUGGAACAGAAUACCAGUUGAAUCCUCAAGUUUAGUUAGAGUAACAAAUAAUCAAGAUGAAGUUGUCACAACACUGUCAGCAAGAUCUUCAAGAAUGGAUGAAGAUCAUUUAGCUAUAACAGAUUCUGUUCCAGUUAAACCACAUGAGAACCUGAUUAGAAGGCAUGAACAAUCUGACUCAAGGAUGCGUUUUUACUCACCAAGCUCCAAGUUCGAGAUUAUGCCAGAAACCGCUCCUCCUGUCAUUGAGCCUGUAUCAGAUGAUGAGGGAGAAGGAAGCAGUAGUAAAAAUGGAAAACCAGUAUCCGAUUUUACCUCAAGCAUACCUUCAGCAAGCUCCUUCCAGAGGACAACAAUGGAAGCCUCUGGAAAUGCCAUCAAGCAGCUGCUCCUAGCGAAACCUCCUACCUGGUCUGCACCUGAUGAUAAGACUCCACUCCAGAGAUUUAUAUCCCCUUUCCUUCCUCCAUCUCCAUCAAUGAACAAUUCUGUACCAUCACCAACAACUCAUCUGAAGCCAUUUUCUCCUGGACCACUCCAUCGGUUAGUGUCCCCAAUGCUCCCUUCUAAGAUGUUUCAGUUACCUCCAACGAUCUUACCAAUGCACCUGCCAUCAAGUUCAGGCAUGACUAAAGUCAACUACCAUUCAGAAAAAGAGAAAGCUUCCUCCCCCAUUGCAAGUGAAGGAGAUCAUGCUGACUUGAUGUCUCCAACAUCAUCGGGUUCCUCUGAGAGUCAUCUGAAGGAUAAGCAGCCGUUUGAACACCAUGGAGAAGAGCAUAGAUUGAAAGCAGAGGACAGGCUAGCAAUGUCGCCCACAGGAAACUAUGGUCACCAUCGCUGUGCCCAGUGUGGAGAGGCAUUCAACAAGCCCAGCCAGCUGCGCAUACAUGCCAGAAUACACACCACAGAAGGAACUUUUACCUGUCAUGACUGUUCUCUCUCUUUUCCCUCGAAGUACAUCUUGUCUAAGCACGAACGCUCAGAGGAACACUUCUUGCGAGUGGAGGGUGUAGAGUUGGCUACUACAACAGGUUCAGAUUCCAAUCCCAGGCCAUUUAAGUGCAAAGAGUGUGCCAUUGCUUUCCGGAUCCCUGGACAUCUGGCCAAGCACCUUAGGUCCAAAGGACACCUGAUGACACUAGAACGGCAAGGGAAGCUCCCAGCCCACAAACAGGACCUUCUGCAUAAUCACCCAGAUGGAGAUGAUGGUUUGAUGUUAUCUCCAAGUGAGCCAAAGGCACCUGGCAGCCCGGCAUCCUCAGAAAAAACAGAUAGUGCCAGUGAAGCAGAAGAGGGAAAAUCAUGAGAUUUGCCCCCCUCUCAACUUACUCGUAAUACUGCUGGGAUAAAACUUACCUCUACUGCUUUUUUUCUGCUACAAGGACAUCUUUUAUUUCAUGUGGAAGUGUUGUGAAAAGCUAAAUCCUUUUACUUCUUUGUAGAAUUUACUGCUAUGGAGUGCCAUUUUGUGAGCGUCUCAAUUGAAUAUGUUGUGGAUAUCUUUGUCAUCAUUUGAAUUGGAAAGAACAUUUUUGGAAUACUUGAAUUGUGCUCCUCAUCAUCAUCAAGCCCUCAAUUUAUUUGCUAUGGACAUUGCAUGGAUUUGUGUUGUGUUACGAAGUUCAUUGGAUCGUCUGCAUAACAGUGGAAAAGUAUUUCAUUAUCAUCACAAGAACAUAUAACUAUUUCAAAAGAAUGUACGCAAAGUGGACUCAGAAAUCAUGAAAUUGCAAUGACAGUGGUCGCAGAUCAGGUUUGCAGAUUUUCGACCGUUUUAAGACAAGGAGAACAGCAUUACAAAGUCAGACAAAGUGCUUCAAGAUAACAAACCAGGGAAAUCAAAUUUUCUUACUUUAUUCAUGCAUACCUUGCUGUACCAAUUGAGGUAUUUUUAAAUGGAUCAACUAGUAUGAAUGUGGACACAAUUAGUUUGUUAUAUUCUGCUUUGAUUGUCAGGUCAGUGUUUCUUUGUGAAAAUGAUUUUCCUUGAAGAUUAGAAAUGUUGAAUUUUCUGACAUUCAGAAUGAUUUGGCAGUUGUGGUAUUUACUACAAUUAUACCAAUAAAUUUUUCAUUCUCAUUUAAAAUACAUUGAAGUUCUUUCCUGUGAUAUAAUUACUUUGACUGAAAACCGACAUUGCAAAGGAACACACUCUUUGAAUAUAUAUGUUUUUUUAUUUCUAUUGCCAAAUACUUUUUUCAGAUGGUUUGCCAGAAUAAGAAACUCUUUCUAUUGUUGUAGAAGGUGGUUGGUCUUAAUCUUACAUUCAUAGGUGUGUGCCAACAUUAAUUCUCAUCAUUCGGUUCGUGUAUAUUGACAAGGCUACCUUUCACAAUGCAUGCAGUGACAUUGACAAAAUAUUGUAUUGACCACAUCGUUGUCAUGUGCCAAAUUGUGAAUUUUUUUCUCUCUUUUCCUUUCUAUCCCACAAUUGGAUAUGUUGAUAGUAUUUCCUGACGUUCCAAGGUUCUAACAAAAUCCAUGCAGAAUACACUCUAUGCAGCUUGAUUUUAACUGGUGUUCAGUGUAGGUAGAGGCUAACCAAUAGUGUGAUAGCAAUAAUCAUUUGAUAUAUAAUACUGAAACAAUUUAAUAGAAAAGUGUAGUACUUUUUUUAAAUCCUUUUUUUCCAUGGCGUAGAAUAUUAGAAAAAAUACACAAUGCUGCUGUGUAAUCCACUACAACACUACUUAAAAUUCUGUGUAAAAAUAGAAAGCAUUACUACGUCAUUGCCAAGUAUUCAUGUAUAGAAAUAAUAAUGAAGUGGAUUAUAUGUGUGUUUACUCUAAAUUUGGUGUUAGUGUAUAUAUGUUAAAGAACCAGUGACUAACCUGCUAGGUUUCUUUCAUGGGCGGAUGUACAUUACGAUGUAUAUUCCACACUAUUAAUAUAACACGGGCAGAAGUACUUACUAGCAGACAUACAUUGAAUCAGAUAUAUCUUGUUUUAGUGAUGCAGGUAAAACUGGGUGUUAGGGAUGUUCUGCUUUAUACUACUUACGCCAACUCAAAUAUAUAUCGUGAUAUAUGACAUCUUAUUUGUUCAUUGAGACAACACAAAGCAAUGCUCAAACUUCCAGUAAGGUUGACAAUAUCUUCUCGCUAAUUGAAAAUUAUUUCCAGGUUUCAACAAUUUUUAGCCUGAUUCCUGAUAACCACAAUUCAAAAUGCCCUUCCACUCAUCAUUUUGUACCAUUUUCUUCGCUAUCAACUUAUAGAUAUCGGAAACGGGCUGAAAGUGGUAUGGAUUUAAGUAAAACCUGUUUAAUUUGAAAUCGGUAGAAUUAUCUGUCUGCGGACUGGCACUGCCAUGCACCAUAUUUCUGAGUGCUACAUAAAUGAAAUAAUAAUGGUGUAACAACAUAACGAUGUAUUAAAGGAAGGAUUCUUAUAUUAUUGAUGUUGUGUAGGGCUAACCAUUGCAGUUCUGUAAAAUUGAAUUAACCCACUCUACCCAUUUUAAAUUUCAAUUGUAAAGUCUAAUAUUAGUUCUCAGCAUUGAGACCUAUGAUAACACACUUAGAAAUUCAAAGGAAACUUGAGGUAAUGUACCAAGAAAAAAAAAUUCUCUGCAAAUUUGUCUUACUUAAGGUAAAGUAUUGUUUAUGAAAGUUGUCUUAAGAAUCCUCAUCCAGUUCACCAUUGAUGAUAUUAAGAAAAUGUCAUAUACCAUAGUCGAUAUUCAGGAUGGUGUUUGAUAGCUGUUUGUACGUUACAAGCAACUUUACAAAUGACUGGUGAUCCUGUCUCAGUAGCUAAAUGAACACCAGUGAAAAUUUAUAUUCAUUUACCACAAGAAAGGAUCACCAGUCGUUUGUUAUGUCGCUUGCGGACUGCUUUAUGAAGUAUCCGCUUGGUGUAAAAUGUAGCAUUAUGUUUGCAGACAAAUAUAUCGUUAUGGCUUUGACGUGGACAUUUUAGAUAUGAAGAGAACCUGACAGGGUAGUUUACUGUUACAAGUUUUUAUUAUGAUACAAAUUUGAAGAAAACAAGAUGAGACUUGCUAUAUGAUCUUAAAAAAUAUUUUUAUACAGUGUGUAGUUUUGCAUAGUCACUUAAAAUCUACAACAAAAAGUAACUAGCUCACAAAAAUUUGUUGCCUUAGACUGUGUUUAGAAAGAGAAAUAGAAAUAUAUAUAUAUAAAUAUACAUAGAUAUAUAUACAUAUAAACAUAUAUACAGAUAUGUAAAUGGAAAAAAGAAAUACUUUUGACCUACCGAAAUAGUGGAUUGGCCUAAGUAGGGUUGCAAAACAGUAUUGGGAACUUUAUUAGAUGUUGUUGUAUGUGAUCAGAUGUCAAAUUUAUAUGUCAGUCAGAUGAAGCUAUUUUUGCACAAAUUAGAAGGCUUUAUGGCAAAGAAUUAGAGAUUUGUAAAAGGUGUGUGGAUAUUACUGGUUUUUUGUAGUCAGAGAUUGUAUGGUUCUGGUGCUUAGCCCCUGUCACUGAAGUUGAUAAAAAACCCAAAUGUACAUUUUUGCAUUAUUGGCAAAUGUUUCUCCAACACCAGGCCAUGUGAUACAUUCUUGUGCAUGCGUAUUUGGCCAGUGCAACCUGAUCCGUAGCUUGGCUUUUUCCUUUUUUUCUGGAGAAUUAGAAUGAUUUCUAUACUCCUGGCUAUCUGGUAUUAAUAGCAGACAGACGGCCACCAAUAUUUAAGCAACAAGGGCAUAUUCAUGGUACGCACAAAAGAUAGGGGCUAGGCACCACCUCCUCAGCAAAGUAUUGUCAGUCUAUGCAGCAGUGAGAACAGACCAAGAAUUAACACUGUUUUUGUGUUUGUUAGGGUGGAUAUAUCGGUGAAUGUUUUGCAAAAGGGUAUGAUUUGCAGUCACUUACUAGGUAAAUUUGUGUAAUGUAAGAGGCAACCAUCCUCACUAAUGAUAGAUUUUUUUUUGUGGCAGCUGUUAUUGCUUUUUCUUGGUGUUUUGCAAAGAAAACUUUGGUAGAAAUCAUAAAAACUUUACAGAAAUUUAAUGUUUGAUUUUACAUGUAGGUACGCAUGUACAGGUAAACCUUCCAACUCGCACAUAUUUCUCUCUUUGUCUGUGUGUCUCUCUCUCUCCCUUUCCCUAUAUCUUUGUAUAUUAUCCAGCCCUGUUUCCCUUCCCCUUCUCUCACGUGAAUGUCGUAGCUUGCGGUGAUCAUCUUCCUAUACGAAACCUCUUGUUUGCCCUAAUCUCACCUCAAAUCUGUGAGACAGUGAUGAAAAUUAGUGAUUGCGGGAUGUCAUUUUCGAGCUGCAAAGGCAAGGAAUUCAAGCUUUGUUUUGGGGGGAGUUUGAUUGGGUUUCCUCCUUCAUUUUUGCUGAGAGUGGAAAAAUUAUUGUUUGGUUAAAGAAGGAACAGAGCAGCAUCAUUAAUUGGUGGGAUAUUUUUAUUGAGAAAUAGUUGAAUGUGUGUGGCAUUCUUUGUUUUUCACUGCAAGACCUGUUCCGAUCGUGGAUUUCUGUUCUCUCUUCAUCUUUUUAUUUUGAAUGGAUUUUUCAUUCCCUACUCCCUUGUACUGCAUUCAUCAGUUUACUCAACCUCUCUCUAACACCAAAUAAAAUCACAAAAUGAUCGGGGAAAAAGCUGUAUGUAAAAAAAAAAAAAAAAAUACAAAAAAAAAUCUGACAUUCCUUUCUGCCAAGAAAAAAAAUAAUCCAAACUAUCAUUUGAUUUUCCUUCUUGGAUGAGAAAGAUGCCAAUUUGUUGUGAGGUCUUGAAAUAGAAUGACAAUUUUCACUGCAAAGCAAAUUUCUUUUUCUUCUACUUGGGGGAAACUGUAAUUGCCUCAUUCUCCAGAGGGGCAAAGAAAAUUGGUCUGUAAGCGAAGGGAGGAAAUAGCGUGGGCAGGCAAAGGAACUGUAACAUCUAUUUUGAGGCUGAUAAAAAGGGUAGAUGUUGUUGGAGAAUGUUGCUUUGGAUAUCCAUGUUCAUUUUUCAUACCUUGCAGAAAUAUUCUAAGAUCAUAUACUUGUUACGUGGUUAACAUGCAACAUGGUUUCACAAAAAGUGUUGUGUGGUCAUAUUUUUUUAUUUGGGUUUAUUUCUUGCAAUAAAUGGGUGAUUUUUUAUCUGAUAUUUGACUUUAACAGUGAUAUGUUUUGUCAUGAAUCAGUAUGAUGUCUGCCCCUAACAAGCAAUCUGCUCUCUGAAGCAAUGCACCAAUUGCUAUUUUCUCCAACUUAUUUGCCUUGAAUUUUAAAUAAAUAAUAAUAAUGAAGAAAUUGAAAAUUAAAUUAUGAAAAUAAUGAAUCCAGAAUCUGCAUUAUGGCUAAAAACCAAUCACUAAAAAUCAGUUAAGUCUUUCAAUUUUAUAUUCUCUUCUAUCUCACUUCUCUGUAUCUUUAUCCCUCUCUCUCUCUCUCUCUCUCUAGUAAAGUGAAAGUUUCUCUUGCAUUGAUUCUACUCGAGCAGAAACCAUGGAUCCUUAUCUACUCCUUCAAUAGAGAAACCUGCAUGUUUGUGACUUGUCCAUUUCUAUAUUUACAUGAAUAGUUUGUUAUGCAGGAUGUCUUGGGGCUCCUAUCUCUCAAUUUCUUCUUCAAUAUUUCGUUUGCCAACUAGAUCCAGGGUCAUACGAUGCGUUAUCAGUCUAGAAUCUCUGGUGAAAUCUUAAGGUCCAGGUUUAGUGCAUAGGAGAGGUAUCCCCUAACCAGCUUGUUGGCAGUGAUCAGUGCCUGAUUCUGUUAUGUCUAAUCAUUCAAAAUUGUUUGAUAUUCAAUAAUGUAACAGGUCUUUAAUUCCUGCCAUUUCAGUCUAUAUUCUCCAAGAACUAGCGAAGAUAUUUUUGAUGUGCUGUUAAUCCAAUUUUGUUAUGAAUCUCCCUAUUUUGUCCCUCUUUCCCUUUUCCUAUUAUGCAAGUUGGAAGAACACUUUGCUUACUUGUGAUGCAGUGUUGGUAUUUAUAUCAUUAAACUCUUUAUAUGGAGAUGAUUGUUUGAAUCUAUGAAAGUGAUAUGGAUCCUUAUCAAGUGAUUGGCUGAAAUCUAUCACAUGACCAGUCAUUUAUUUUUAUCUAACAUGCAAAGGGGGUUAUAACUGGUACUAAUGACUGCAUAUAGUUCUAUUGACUGGCCAUUGUUUUUAGGUGGGGAUGGUUAAUCAAAUUCUGUGGAUCCACAUCACUAUAGCAUACAUAUCAUUUUGCUUGGGAUUCAGAAUGAUCAAUAAUUCAGAAUCAUUAAAUAAUCACCCACACAUGUAAAUUUUGAAAAUGUUUGAAUCAUGCCUCAGAAAUGUAAUAACUAUUCUUAAGAUAACUGGUGCGUAUAAUUUGUACUAAUGCCCCAAAUGAUGGAUGGUAUUAGUAUAUUAUUGCCUUUUCUGAUGUUGACAAUAGUAACAAUCUGACAAUGCUUCAUAUGUUAUCCUUAUAUUCACAUCUGCCUUAAUCAAAACAACAACAAAACAUCUGGAGAGCACAAAAAGAGGAAAAUAUAUAUAUAUAAAAAAUAUAUUGCAAAAAUGUAUUUAAAAUACAUGUUUGCAUGUAUAUGAGCAUACCAACUAAAGGUUUGAUAUUGCAAAUGGAUACCAACAAAUUUUAUUGUCAUUCUUGGAUAUAGAACUAUAAUCUUGAUUUAUAAUGAUUAUGAUAUAGAAUCGUUUCAAAAAUAUUUUGGUAACCUAUCAAUUUGUAGAAAAGUUUAAUCUGCUUUAACAAUGGUAUUAGUGAGAGUGAAUGGUUGGAUUAAUUGGUUGAAAAUAUGUUCUAAUGCUAGCAAUCAAUUUGGUGACAAAAUUAAUAACUUGUCGUAAUCAAUUUUUUCAAAAGGUUUUUUUUUUUAAUAUGUUUUGUUAUUGGAAAGUUCUAGGUAUGUUUUUAAUAUUUGUUUACUGAAGACAAAUACUUCUAUGAAAGGCCACGUGCACUUGGAUUUUAACAGUUCAUACAGCUUAUGAUAUCACCUAUUGUGAAUCACAAGGUUAUGUAAUAUAUAAUUGAAAUUAGUCGCUUUCGUAAGAUAUUUGAUAAUUUUAGGCUCUCAAAUUUGAAUAUCAGUUUUGUUAAAUAUUCAUGAAUAUAUUGAAUUUUUAUUUCUAACAUUUAGAAAAAUCAUUUUGUUUGUCAGAUAAUUUCUAUUUUUAUUUCUUGCUGUUGUAUACAUAGUUGUUUUGCAAAUUGUUUUGAUUACUAGGAGGCAAACGUGGUUUUGAAAUGGAUGUAAAAAUCUAUAUUGUGUUUAAAAGUGUACAGUUGUAUACCAUAGAAACGACAUUGAGCCUGUGCUGUUGAAAGCAACUCAACUUACUCUUGAAAAUGUACUAUGAAUGUGAUUGAUUUGAUAUGUGAAUGAUAUUUGAAAUGAUUUCCUUGUAUUGCAGGAAUGAUAAUGAAAAUACAUAUGCGUGAAAGUAUGACAAAGAAAUAGGCAGGUAUUUGAUACUUUUCAUAUUCUAAGAAUGAGUUCUGUGCUAUUUUUUACAUGGCAUUAUGCGCACAAGGUGAAAAGGUGGAGUUUCAAAUGUACAGGUUAUGAAAGUUGAUUUUUUUUUUAAUGAAGGAAACAUUUCAGUUUCUCAUCCAUCAAAUUUUGAUCAAUGUCUUAUUCUUGGCUUUUUAUAUUCCAUCUGGGAAGUUAACAAUAUUUAACUGUUUUUUCCCCCUUAAAGAUUGACAUCUUUUGUAUAAAACUUGCUUGAAGGAAAUAUUUUUCACUCAUGAAAUGGGUAUUUUCAAGUUGAAGUUAUCAUUUCUUAUUUUAGUUGUUUCAUAAACUUUGUCAGUUUUAACACUAAGAUAUCAUGAAGGACUGUCCAAAAUGGAACCUGUAUAUGACCCCUGUUCAGUCCUAUUUGGAACAAAGGGUAUUUGACAAUUUUUUUUUCUCUUCACUCAAUUUUGUUUUUACUCAUAUCUGAAUCAAAAUAAGAUUUGAAAAUCAAUCAUGAAGUUUGAUGAUAAUUUAACUCCAACUUUGUUUUUUGUGUUUUUGUUCAUCUUUCAUAUGCUUUUUAUUUGUGUAUUUGCUCCAUAUUUCCUUGGUUUUAAUUGUCUGAAGAAAUUCAAGAAUUUUAUUCACAUAGAUACAAAUUCAGAUAUUUUAACAAAUCUGGUUUUAUUUAUUUUGAACCAAAACAAAAAGUCAAAAUUAAAACUAUAAUACUCAUUAGAUAUACUUUUGACUUGGUUGAUUUCCUCCAAAAUAUUUCCUCAAUUGGAUUUAACUUCCACCUUACUUGUGGAAAUAUAUUGUUAGAUAUUUGGUGCAAAGGUAUAUAGUUAUUUAAGCAUUUUCUUGUUUUAUUUUGUCAAAAAAAUUUGUUUAAGAGUGAUCCUACUAGUCUAAUUUUGAGCAGCAAAAAGUAGAAAUUUAAAUAAAUUUAAUGUUGAUUUCAAUAAUCAUUCAUUACUGGACCUGAAUUAAUUAUUAUUCUUAGACAAAAAAUCAAAAUCAUCAGUCAAGGAAUUUUAUUAUUGACAUUAGUAAAAGAUUUGAAAAAUGCAUUGAAAAAAGAGAUAUUGUGAAUUAAAUGCCAGAUCUGUCAGUUUUAUAUCAGAUUAAAACUAAAUAUUUCUGGCAUAUCUUCUUUAUAAACAUAUUUUUUUUUCAAAAUCAUUCCAUUAUAUAUUAGAAUGUAAAUUUGUGUUUCAUUUUGUUAGCCAGAAUGUGUUCUUUCUAUUUAACGUAUUGGCCAUGUACUAUAUAUCAUUAUAUUUGUAAGACUAUUAAGCAUUUUUUACAUUGCCAAUGAGCUCAUUUUAUGGUAGGCUUCAUUCCAGUCUGAAAUAUUUAUUUCUUUGUGUCACUUUUUCAUAAUGUACAUGUGCAUAUGACUAUUCAAAAAGUGCAUGGGAGUGGUUGUUUGACUUUGGAUAAAUGUAAUGUUAUGUCAGAUUUGUUUUUCUUAACUGAUUUAACUCAUUUUGUCAUUAAUAUUAUUUCAUAUUUUACUGUUUCUUUUCUCAAAUUUGGGUUUCCAGUACUUUCUAAAAGUGUUUUUGAUCAUUGAUGUUUUUGUAGGUAAUAGAAACUAUGCCAAUAUAAGAUGCGCAAGGUAAAUUAGAAAUUGUGCUUUGAAAAUGCUGAACCAAAGACUAUAGCAUUAUGACCGCUUUGGUAACGCUAAAGUACAAUUUCAUAAUCAAAUAAAGAUGAAUGUAUACUCCAAUGUAUAGCUGUUUUAUAAAUGUUUGUAUGUAGAUCUUUUAAAAUUACAUUAUGUUAUUGUAAAUGUACAUAUUCUAUAUGCCCAGACUAUUGACUUUCAUUACAUUAAAUACUUUUUUGUGUAUAA